CAAAGUAUAAAGUUACCAAAAAACAAAGAAAAAUUGGUUCCCUUACUCCAACUCCAAGACAAUUAAGAAGAAGAAGAAGCAGAAAAAACUCUGUGAAAGUAGCUCUCCAAUUCCUUUCCCUUUUUUGUUUUCUUCUUCUCUUUCUAUCUUGUCCUCCUUUUCUUUCCCAAGCUCUCGAAAAAUCCCAUCUUUUUCAAAGACUGAGUUAGCUAGGACCUCAUAAUCAGUUUAAAACACUGUAUUUAUUGACCUAUCCUAAGUUUCUCAAGUCUCUCAACUAUGCAAAAAAACAACUUUGCUUUGUUUGGACCCCAUUUUUCCAUGUUUGGUUUUGUCACUUUCGCUGCUGUGAAUUAAACAUAGAGAGGUGGGGUUUUAACGCUUCUUGCUGCUACUUUAAGAUACUCACGGGAUUUACAUGGACAACUCCACCUUAACUGUGUGAUCUAAACCUGAAUCGGUGGUGAGAGAAAGAGAGACGAGAACGAUUCUGUGUUUUCUGAGGGAGCAAAUGGACGGUGUAGAUGGAACGAGGAGAAGGCGGAGGAGUCUAAAAGAAAGGCUGGGAUUGAAAGGAAUGGGCUGUUGUGGAACCACCUGGGUUUUCGGUGGGACCAAUGUUAGAGACAACAACAUCGUCGACGACGACGACGACGAAGAAGAAGAAGAAGAAGACGUGGUUGUUAUCGAUGUGGGCCUGGGCCAGGCUCCACCGGGUCAGAACCCGGAUCCGCUUUGCGUGAGCCCGGUUACGUCGGGUUCGGGUAUGAACUUAGCUGCCGCGUUGGCAGCUGAGAGACAACUUCGUGCGUCGCAUGAACCGGAGAGAGUGGCAUCAGUGGGGCCUACAGAGAGCACCGUAGGGGGGACGACGUCAGCACCGGGAACGCCGUUCAGGGUUUCGUUGAUGAGAUUGCUGGAGGAAACGGACGGUGGAGAUGAGGAGACGACGAUGAUGACAGAGAAGGAGAAAGAGAAAGAGAAAGAGAAAGGAGGAGUGGAGGGGAAUGAUUCGGUGUGCUGCGUGUGCAUGGUGAGGAAGAAAGGCGCAGCGUUCAUACCAUGUGGGCACACUUUUUGCAGGGUGUGUUCGAGGGAGCUUUGGUUGAAUCGAGGUUCGUGUCCCCUCUGCAACCGUUCGAUCCUCGAGAUCCUUGACAUUUUCUGAUUCCAUCUUCAUCCACGUGGUGCCUCCUGAUUCGUCAUAAACUGUGUUUUUAUUUUAUUUUAUUGUUUUUUUUUUUUUUUUUUACUGUGGGGUAAAUUUUCCCAAGGAAUUCAAUACUGUAAUUCUGUUUUACUGUGUAAAAUGAAAUUUGAUGGAUUUAUUAUAUAUAUAUAUAUAUUGGUGCUCUUUAAUACUACUACUAUUACUAGACUAGAAGUCUAGAAGAUUUGUUUUUCAUUCCCUUCUCUCUCUUUUU